AUUUGGCCCAGACGUGAAGCCCAGUCAUAUUUCGCUCGUCUGACCCGCCAGUACCGCCGCCUCGAGCUGCGUGUGAGUUCAGCUCAGUGUAGCUGUGGUACAGCUGCUUGUGUGUCGCGUGAUAACAGUUCAGGCCGGUGCAGUGACUUUGGGACCAUGUCUUCCUCACCUUUCUUCCAUCCGCCGCCCACCGCCCUGUCAGAUUCGCUAGCGAUCCUCUACCUCAAGCGCGAUAGUCUACUACCUUUGACUCUCCGAUCGACUGCAGAUGAUGGCUACGCUGAAGGCGCUGUAACGAACACCCGUUUCGGCAGCUUCCCGCAUACUACCUUGAUUGACACGCCAUGGGGAAGUCAGAUCCGUGCUAGCAAGGUCGACACUGGCACUCGGGGUCGAAAGGGAAAACAGCAGACAUCAUCCUCAUUGCAGUCGACGGACGCUGUACCCAGGACCACGAAGGGAUCGAAUGUGUCUGAAGCCGUGCCCGCUGAGGAAUCCACCAAAAAGCGGAAACAGGAUGAACAAACCCGCGUAGCAGUAGACGUCCCAGCCAAGAAGCCCAAGACAUCUCAAACGCAGAGCCGCGAACAGGGCCCGCACCAGAGCACGAUCGUGCCCAGAGAGGCAGGCUCGGGAUUUGUGCACAUCCUACCUCCGACUCCCGAAGCGUGGACGGCAUCUCUUGACCAUCGCACGCAAGUCGUCUACACGCCCGACUACAGCUACGUCCUUCAGCGACUAAGAGUGCGACCGGGCGAUUCCAUGAUUGAAGCUGGGGCUGGUAGCGGCAGUUUCACCCAUGCAGCAGCGAGAGCAGUCUUCAAUGGGUACCCCGAGGACCCAUCUCAAAAUUCUGGUCAUGACAAGAAACGUGGGCAAAUUUACAGCUAUGAGUUCCACGAGCCUCGUGUCGAGAUUCUUCAGAAAGAGCUUAUCGAGCAUGGCUUGGAAAAAGUGGUCACGUUGACCCAUCGCGACGUAUGUGAUGCAGGCUUUGCCCGUGAGCAAACCCCUGCUCCCGGUGUGACCGCCAUCUUCCUGGAUCUUCCGGCGCCCUGGCUGGCCUUGAAGCACCUCGCUCGAGAGACGCCGAACACUCCGCUGGACCCGACACAGCCGGUGCACAUCUGCACAUUUUCGCCUUGCAUUGAGCAGGUAAUGGCCACAGUUUCUGCACUCAGACGAGCCGGCUGGCUCGGUAUAUCAAUGGUAGAAGUUCAAAAUCGACGGAUAGAUGUACGACGCGAACGUGUCGGGCUCAAAGAAGAGGGACUCCGAGGAGUGAAUGCAAAUGCAGGAAGUGUUGAUGAAGCGAUAGCGCGCCUACGGGAGGUGGACGCCAAGCUCGCGACUCAUCAUCGGAACAGCCGGGAGCCUGGCUGGUCAGAUGAAACCCACGCAACCGCGAAGAGCGACGCGGCCGCAGAUCAAACGAAUACACCAAAGGUCUCCAGCAAGCAGCAGCGCCUCGAAAGGAACAAGCGCGAGGCAGAAGAGCGAAAAUUGUACAAGGAGGGCAAUGUCGUCCAUCGAACCGAACCUGAGGUGAGGACGCACACGAGCUAUUUGGUAUUUGCCGUUCUACCGCGAGCAUGGUCAGAGGAGGAUGAAGCAAGGUGCGUUUCACAAUGGGGCAGCAGUGCGACCGCAUCUGGUGCAAAAAAGAGCUUGAAUCAAGUGUAGAGACAUGAACAUGUGGACCUAGGGUGCCCCUGUUGCAGGCUAGAUUUGUACGAUAGCAAUCACUGGAAGGUGAAAUUUUUGCACGAGCAUCAUGACUAUUAGCACGGAAACGCA